AUGGCGGCGGAGCCGGGGCCAGCGGACACGGUGGCGGAGACGGGGCUGACGGACGCGGUGGCGGUGCCGGGGCCGACGGACGCGGCGGCAGAGCCGGGGCCGACGGACGCGGCGGCAGAGCCGGUGCCGGCGGACACGACGGCCUUGCUGGGGCCGGCGGAUGCGGCAGACGAGAUGGGGCCGGCGGAUGCAGUGGCCGAGACAGAGACGCGGCUGCCGCCCGAGCGCCCGGAGCCGUCUGAACCCGCCCCAAGCGUGCCGAGCACGGGCGCCCGGGAGGUGUUCGGGCGGCUGGAGGCGGCUCUAGCAGAGGAGAUGGUGCGGCGAGAGGCGGAGCGCGCCGCUCUAGCCACGGAAAGAGCGCAGCUCGCCGCGGCACGUGUCGCUAACGAGGAUGAGCGGCGCGCCACGGAGGAGGGCCGAAAGGCCUUGGAGGAGGCCCGCGCCGAGGUCGCGCGGGAGCGGAAGGAUUUGGAGGAUACCCACGCGGAGGACGUCGAUGGGGAGCUCCAAAGCCGGGAGGAAGACAUCGCGAUCCGGGAGACCGACGCCGAGAUAACGGUGGAGGAGUUGGGCGCCUGGGAGGAUCUGCUGGCCCGCCGGGAGUCGGAGGCUACCGAGACGGCGGCGGCCGCUGCUGCUAGGGAGGAGCAGAUCACCAAGUCCGAGGCGGAGCUGGCCGCCCGCGAGCAGGCCUUGUCCGUCCUGGCGGGGCAGCGGUCCGUGGCGGCGGUCGGGCUCAGGCAACUCAUCGUGGAGACGAAGGGGGGAGGCCCUGGCCGGUAUGCCCUAGGCUUCCAGUAG